GGUCAGGACGGCCUUCAAAACUCCGAAGUAAAGAUCAAGAUUUGAGAAAGCAACGCAAACUAGUGUCAAGUCGAAAACACCCAUGUGGAUGAAGGAAGGGGCCUGCAUCACAUCGUAUGCAAGACGGAGGUGUUGAUCGCGCUACCUAACGCGCAAUCCCGGUCUCGCCAACCAUCCCAGCCUCGUUCACGCCGUUGCAUCUCACCCUCCAUCAUAACGCAACAUGGCUUCAUCAGAAACGACGCCGCUACUUCUGCGGAAUGACACACCGCCUGUCGACGCAGUACGACAGAAUGACAACGAAGCGCCCCGCAGACUGUUCGCUCGCAACCUCGGCGCUCUGGAUGGGUUCGCCCUGCUUAUCAGCAUCGUCAUCGGCUCUGGCGUCUUUUCAUCUCCUGGUCCGAUAGACGCCAAUGUACCAUCGCCAGGCGCGGGACUUCUAAUCUGGCUCUUGGGUGGCAUUCUGGCAUGGACAGGAGCGCUCACCAUGGCCGAGCUCGGCACCGCAAUCCCAGGAGAAGGUGGUAUUCAGCCCUACUUGACUCACAUAUUUGGCGAGUUCUGGGGCUAUAUGGCUGCAUGGAGUUGGAUUGUUGCCACUAUGCCGGCAACGCUUGCCAUUCUGAGUAUUGUCUUUGUCGAAAGCGUGUACUCCAGCUUGGGUGUCAACAACCCUACGCCACCAAUCACGCGCAAGAUGCUGUCUGUCUCGAUGCUCGCGGUCAUUACAACACUCAAUUCAAUCAGCACCAAGACAAGCACGAGACUGUCUGGUUUCUUCGUUGCGGUUAAAUUUCUGACUAUCUUCCUGCUUAUCAUUGCUGGAUUGGUGGUUGUGGUCAAGUAUAUUCUCACCGGCAACGAUAUCGGUGGGGUUGACUGGCGAAGGGAACAUUGGUUUGACCCAAGGCGGAACGCCCCAAGUCCUGAUGGAAGACCAGGCCAUUUUGACUGGAAAAGUGUAUCGACCUGGGAGUCACUCGGUUUCUAUAGCGCGGCUUUGUACGGAGCACUUUGGGCCUACUCGGGCUGGGACAAGGCAAAUUAUGUUGCUGCUGAGCUGCGUAAUCCCAAGGAGCAACUGCCGCUCUCCAUUAACACGGCAAUUCCCACGAUCAUCCUAAGUUACGUUGCCGCCAACGCGGUAUACUACAUUCUGUUGCCCUGGAAGUUAGUAUCUACUACAGAUGCUGCGGCAGUGACAGCGAUCGACCAUCUACUAGGCAAGGGUGGAGCCUACGCUGCAACCACCCUCAUUUGCCUGGUCAUCGCAGGCUCACAGCUUGGCAAUUCGUUCGUUGCAGGUCGCAUGACCGUUGCAGCCGCGAACAAGAAGUGGUUUCCUGCACUUUUCGGUACUGUGGGCCAGAUCGGCACCUAUAGAGUCUCCAAGAGCGCCGAGAACGAUGCCAGUGCCGAAGAUGCUAUGGGCCAGGGCGAGUCGCCAAUCAACUCCCUCGUGCUCAACUUUGUGGUCUCAUCGAUUUACAUUCUGCUCGGCAACAUGCGCAUCCUGUUGACCUUGAAUGGACUAGCGGAGUAUACCUUCUUCUUUCUUACCGUGCUUGGCGCCAUCAUCCUGCGGUUCCGGGAGCCAGAGCUGAAGAGACCAGUGAAGCCGUUCAUCUUGAUUCCUAUCCUGUUUGCCCUGGUAAGCGGGUUCGUCGUCGUCAGAGGUGCGGUAUUCGCACCUAUUCAAGCUGCCAUUUUGAUCGGAAUCUGGGCAGUUGGAGCGAUCUUCUAUUACGUGAGGAAGCGGAUGCUGGGCUGACUCAGCCGAGCAAGCUAAGCACGACAAUGAUAGCGUGGCCGGACACCGAGGUGAAGGUCAGUCAUUACGUGACUGGCAGGGAUUGAAUUGAGAAAGCCACCAAUCGGAAGUUUCUGUGGAGAUUCUCUUCGGCUUCCUUGCACGAAACCAGCUGUGUUUGUACAGAUUGCCAUGGACGCGUCUCCCUUUAUCGACCUCACCUCUAAUGAAGACUCCUCGCUGCUGCCGCUCAUUUGCGCCGAUCACGUGUUCCGGCCCACCUAACUCCCCCAGGGUCAAGCUCUAGAGAGGGCCCGUCUCGAGCCAUGGUAGUCGUACGCCUUCUCCCAGGUCCCGGGCAUCGAAUCGAAAUCAAUGUACACCUAAGAUCUUUCGUGAACACUCUCG